CCGCCGUCGACAGCAUCAAGACUAUUCCUUGACCAGUCCAUAGGGCCUUGUUGACGUCUAACGUUGUUGUACCAGUAGUAGUGGGACCGCUUGAAAGCAUACCAGUACGGCAUUUCGGUCGUUUUGUUGUUGGAGACUUGCAUGCUGACGGCGAGAAGUCAGCGCUUCCACCCUCGAUUCUUCAGCGCCUUUUUCCCUCUGAAAACAUCCAACUUCUCAUCUAGCUAGCCUCUUUCGUGCAACAGAAAACACGUCCAAAUCACAAUGGCUCUGAGAACCUUUCGUUCGAAUCCAAGUUUGGGUGGCUUUGGGAGUGAAAGCACAGCUCCAGGUUUGCUCCGCCUGUUGAAUGCUGGCGGCAAUGACAAUGACGAUGCGAAUGCAGCUGUGGCUGAUUUCGACGCCUUUGCUCAAAUCAUCAAAGAGCUGGUUGACAAUGGCGUUGAUGCUUGUGGAAUGUCGUUGGCGAGCACAACAGAAAGAGAAAGGGGAAAAGGCAAAAAGAAGAAGGGAACUGCUGCUACCAAUGACGCUGCUACAACAGAAAGCCAAAACAAACGAGUGCGAGUCGUGAUUGAAGAGUUCUCGCCUCCAUCCCUUUCGAAACAGCAGCCGGAUCAAAAGGAGUAUGGUGAUGAAGAGGAUGACAAGUCAUCAAAACCAGAAGACUACGAAAAUGCCACGUUUGUUGGUCACGAUGGUGCAACAGCCACCGACAGAGCCAAGUCUGUGCCUGUGGCGAGCGAUGAGGACCGCGAAGUUGGCACCGGUCGCGCUCAAAUCCUUCGUGUCACAGUAUCAGACAAUGGCUGUGGAAUGGAGAACAUUCAAGAGUGCGUGGAAGCUUUCAAGAGUAGCAAAGCGGGACGAAAUGGAACAUCCGACAACAAUUCGACCCAACAACAAGAUGAACCACAACAGAAAGAAUCCAUGACGGCCGGUCGCUAUGGGAUUGGCCUGACACUGUGUUUGCUUCAUGCCCAACGUCUGGUCCCAAACUCGUGCGCCAAUAUUACAUCGGCCACAGCGUCAGCCACUCAUUUCACGAAGGCUUCCUAUGUCGUUGAUACCGAGGGGGAUUCCGUGCGCUGCGUGGAGAUCCGAAGCGACAUUGCCAAAACCAAACCAAACGAGUGUGGGACAUCCGUUAGUAUCCUAGUGCCGGGAGGACCCACAGCCCGAUUGGCGUGGCCCCGAUUGGCAGAGUACUUUGCUCGCUUCCGCCUCAGUUGCUCACUUCCUUGCAGUUUGGAGGUCAUGGCACCGACACUCAGUAAAACUCCGUUGUUUGUUCGUCCGCCACUCGAGGAACGGAAUCGGCAACAGCAGCAGCAAAGGCUACAAGAGCAACAGAGACCGGAAGAAGAGGAACAGGAAGACGAUCGUAGCUCAACCAACCAGUGUCCCGAAGCAAACGACAACACACAAGAAGAGGAAGAUUGGGGGGACGUAUUUGACGACGAAGACAAGCCAGAAUGUCGGGGUGAAGACUCUGUCUCUCCCACACAAGCAACCGCCCCCCAGGAAGACGACAAGGACGGCGAAACAGUCGUCGUAGUGACCCCAUCCACUAAAGCAAAUACAGCAACAAAACGUUUAACCGCAGCCACAAUCAAAUUGCAACAAGAACAGCAACGCCAAGACAUGCACCGGGCAGUGGAACUGUACUUGGGACAUGCUGUCGAGCUCAAGAACGUGGCCAUUUCACGCCAACCUAUUCGCAUUGGCUCACAGCCCAAACGACGGACUCGGGGAGCAAAGAACGCGGGACCUUCCUUGGCGAUCUGCUUUGUUGCUUGUGGGGUUGUCCACGACAACGGAGAGAGGGACGAGGAAGACGAUGAGGACGAUAGCGUCUACAGAGAAUUGCAAGACCGCCAGCUGGAUGCAUCGUCGUCGGAAGCGGCCACUUUGAUGAUGGUGCGUAUGGUCAACCGAAUUCCUCUACUAGAUGGAGCCGAAGCAAGCUCUUGUGGACUUGUACAGGGCUUGCUGCUAAAGAAAAGGGUCUGGAACUCGUUUGGUCUGGAGGUCACUAGUACGGGACCACUCGGCCAGUCAGCUGUCCAAGGCGAUAGCCAUGCCGGCAAGCUUGCAUUGACGAAACUGCCAACCUUUCAAGUCCAUGACAGUGAUCAGGUCGCGCCCUUUUUCAAGAGCGCUAAUCACGCUUUGUUUGAAGACACAUUUGAUGAAGAACCAGAAGAAGAGGAGGAGGAUAGUGACCUAGACAUUGACAUCGAAGAUGUACUGCGCAGACAAGGGAAACGAAAGAGGAAGAAACGUCGGAAUUGGCUCUUGCCAGCCGGGAUCCGCCUAGGCAAGAUAUUGGUGGUGAUGCAGAUUGAUGCGGAGCCCUCCACGUUGCCUCUGCCAACUCUAUCCAAGGGACGCCUCCCCUUGGACAACGCAGCCAUUGACAAGGCAUUGGAAGUAGCGCUACGAGAGUGCCUCCGCAGCCUUCAAAAGACAAAUCCAGACAUAUUGCUGACGGCUCAACAGCUCAAACGGGCUGAGCGUGACGCUCGCUAUGUUCCAGCUGUGGCAGCAUCCCUGGCAUCGAUUAUUUCAAAGUCAACCGACUCGAGCUUUCGGAGCAGCAUGACGGAACUGAUACGCGAGUGGGAUAGCAGUCGGGCUCAAGCUGAAGGUGACGGUGGCGUUGAUGGGGCAGAUGGGUCCGACGACGAGGAAGAGAGAGGAGAUGGCGAUGACGGGGAAGAUGGCCCGAGAAAUGAGGAAGAGAAGACUGAAGAUGAUGUGCACGAUUCCGGUAGCAGUCAAGACGAGACUGUUCGCCGCGCAGACGAUGAUGAUGGCCCAGAUAGAGCGGUACCGCCAGACGAGAACGAGGAGGAAGACGAAGGCGCUGCUGAAAGCCAAGCCAACAAUGACUCACAGACGAAUCGAAGUGCUCACGCCAUACAGAGUCUAGUGCGAGAAAUCGGAUGUCGCAUCGAGAAGCGCCUGCAGCAACUUCUUGCUGCUCACGAAGAGGAGGCAGCAUCCAAAAAGAAGAAAGGCAAAAAUGCCAAAAACGGCAACGAUGACGAAACUGUUGAUACAACUAUCAACGAAGGCGCCGGAAACUCAACCAACGAUGGUGAUCGGGACGAUGACAACUCUCAACGAUCUGAUGGUCUUCGCUCGCUUGACUUUUCCACAUCCUCCAACGACGAUCUAACCUCACGCCGCCAUGAGCAGGAGCAGAUCCAAUCUGAUGACGAUGAUAGUGAUGAAAUGUCUCUGCAAUCACCAUCUGGCCAGAACCAGCGACACCGAAGCAACAACGCGGGCCAGAAUGGCAGCAGUGUUCGCGAUGUCUUUGAUGAUGAAGAUGAUUGGUGGCCAGAUACCUAGCUAACUAGCCUGAAACGAUACUAGCAACCGUAGCAUAGCAGAUAAGCUCUUGUUUCUGAAAAGCAGUGCACCGGCCGGCAUGCAUCAUCAUCAGAUAAGGCUUGCUAAUUGCAUUUUUAGCUCGUUCAA